AUCGAAGAUCGGGUUCUUCACUCUUCAGAAAUCAGAACCCUCCUCGUCGCCUCUUCCUCUUCCGCUUCCGCUUCAGCUUCCGCUUCCGCUUCUGCUCUCCAACGAUGGAUCAGUAGUCGGGUGGUUCUUUACAAACCAGAGGCAGCAGCAGCUCCUCCUCCAAAUAAAGCCCCAGUGAAUUCAAAGGAUAGAGAUGCUUCUCUUGCACAACUAGAGUUGGAGAGAAGAGCAUCUAACUUAUAGAGGGCAUAGGAGGACAACUAGAAGACCAAAGCCGAGAAUAAGGGAAGAUGGUUAAUGCAAUCAAAGGUCUCUUCAUCUCCUGCGACAUUCCCAUGGCACAAUUUAUUGUCAACCUGAAUAAUUCGAUGCCCCCUUCGGAGAAGUUCAUAGUGCACAUGCUUGAUAGUACGCAUAUAUUUGUGCAGCCGCAUGUGGCCGAGAUGAUUCGGAGUAAGAUUGCCGAAUUCAGAGACCAAAACAGCUAUGAGAAACCAGCAUAAACGUGAUGAAUAAAGCGCGACACUCUUCCUCUGACGGACAUUUUUGUUUCAGUAGCUACAGAUAAUAUACCAAGUCAAUUCAAACUGAAUUUUCUCUGUUAUCUUGUAUGCGAAUCAAGUUGCUUGUGCAAUUUGUUAAGCGUUUGUUCAUCCAAAAUGCUUUUUGUUCAUCCAGUGUACAAAUAGGUUUAUGCAUUUGUGUAGAAACUUUGAAUGAGAACUGAUUGAUCUUUGAUUGAUCUGCCUUUCAUGUUGAAA